AUGGCAGAAACAAAUUCUGAAGUGCUAGAGCAACGAAAGCAAGAUCUCGUCAAUGCAAAGCUUAGCGGCGAUGCGAAGGAAGAGAUGAUCGCUUACGAAAAGCUUGGCCAGGCGUAUGGAGAGCUUAGUGAUUUUAACCAAGCAGUAAAUAACUUCAUGUACAGUCUAGGCAUUGCCCGUCAAAACCACGAUAGGGCUUACGAGGGAGAAGUGUCUUGCAGUCUUGGAAAUGCUUAUUACAAAGUCCUUGACUAUAAACAAGCCAUAGAACACUACAACAAACUCCUUAUUAUUUCCUCAGAAUUAAGCGAUAGAGUUAAAGAGAAAUAUGCAAACCAACAACUUGGCCACUGUCAUAAGAACCUGGUUGAUAAUAAACAAGCCGUGGCGCACUACAAUAAAUUCGAUAUUAUUUCCAAAGAACAAGGGGACAGAGAUGGAGAGAGACACGCAAACCACGAACUUGGCUCAAGUUAUCAAGCCCUUGGUGAUUAUAAACAAGCCAUAGAUUGCUACAACAAAUUCCUUAUAAUUUCCAAAGAAUUAUGCAGUAGACCUGAAGAGAAACAUUGUGCAAACCACCGACUUGGCCAAUGUCAUCAGAACCUGGCUGAUAAUAAAGAAGCCAUGGCGCAUUUCAACAAAUUCCUUACAAUUUCCAAAGAACUUGGAGACACACAUGGAGAAAUAGACGGAAACUGCCACCUUGGCAAAUGCUACGGAGACCUCGGUGAUUAUAAACAAGCCAUUGAACACUACAGCAAAACCCUUAUCAUUUCUAAAGAACUUGGAGGCAGAGUUGUAAAGGGAACUGUAAAUCUCGAGCUUGGCAUUUGUUGUGAAGCCCUCGGUGAUUAUAAACAAGCCAUAGAACACUGCAACAAACACCAUACUAUUUCCAAAGAACUAGGCGACAGAAAUGGAGAGCGACAUGCAAGCCACGAACUUGGCAAAUGUUAUGUGGCUCUCGGUGAUUGUAAACAAGCUUUUGAACACUUCAACAGAGACCUUGUCAUUUCCGAGGAACUGGGCGACAGAUAUGGAGAGGGACAUGCAAACUUAGUGCUUGGACAAUGUUUUCGAACCAUCCAUGACUACAAGCAAGCCCUGGAGUACCUCAAGGAAAGUCUGAUCAUUGCCAAGAAAACUGGUAAUAAAGCUGAGGAAGGAAAGGCUAAACAUUCUCUUGGUCAUUUAUACGAUGAUGUCGAUGAUAAUAAAGAAGCUGCAGAGUACUUCUUGCAAUGGCUUGACAUCGUAAAAGACGCAGGUGACCGUGAUGAUGAACUACAGGCUUACUACGAUCUCGGGAGUGUUUAUCUCAAACUUGGUAAGUUCAGCACAGCCAAAGAGUACUUCGACAAAGAACUUGUCCUUGCUAAAGAAUUCAAGGAUAAGGAUGCAGAGGGAAAGUCCUAUAUCGGUCUCGGCCGGGCUCACAUGGAGCGAGGUGAUUUUAUGGAAGCCAUUGAAUAUUUCAGCCAAUUUUGUAAAGUCACCAAAGAAGUUGACAGAGAUUGGGGACAAGGAUGUGGCUACCACCUUUUGGCUGAGGCCUAUGGUGAACUCAAUAACUUCAAGGAAGCCACUCACUGCUGUAUGAAAAGUCUUGCCUUUGCAAAAAAAACGGGAAUAAAAAAUCACGAGGAAAGGGCAAAUUAUCUCCUUGGGCAUACUAUGGAAAAGUUUAAUUUCUUACAUGAAGCUGUGGAUCAUUAUCGAUCCACAAUAAGGCUUUUCAAUGAUAAAAGGAACAUUAUCAGAGCAGAGGAUGAUCACAAAAUAUGCAUCCGAAAUGCGCGUCAGGGUACUUAUGAUUCCCUGUGCAGAGCUUUAUUGAAACUGUCAAACUUCGGCGAGGCUUUGUGUGUUGCUGAUGAAGGACGAGCACAAGUCUUACUCGAUCACAUGAAGCAACAAUAUCAAAUGGAAUUUCCUCUGCCCAGGACAUGGGAACCUGACAUAGCACGUUUGGUUUCCGCACAAACCAUUUUCAUUGCACUUGAAGACGAAAAGAUCAAUAUCUGGCUGGACAGUAACGGAGACGAUGUUAAAUUUCGACAAAAGGAAGCAAAACACGAUUACAGGUUCGGGAAUGACCCCUGUCCAUGCUGUCUAAAAUGUUUGAAGACGGCAGCUUUCAAAGAGAAUGAGUUUGCCGCUCGAGUUAUCUGUGAGGAUCGUUCUUUAGAAGCAAUAAGACUGGAUCUAUCGCAGCAAGACGAAGAAUUACUGUCAGAGGACUGUAUUCUUAUGGAUGAUUUGCCCAGAGAUGAAUCGCGACGGGACAAAGAAUCUUGUCAUCAAAUGACACAAAGAAAAAGCAACUCCUUGCACCUGUUGUAUGACAAUGUUAUUGGUCCUAUUGCAAACAAAUUGAAAGGUGAUGAAUUAGUCAUUGUUCCCGAUGGUCCACUAUGUCAGGUUCCUUUUGCUGCCUUUGUCGAUGAAGACUCCAAGUACCUCAGUGAGUCGUUUAAGAUCCGCAUCGCCCCGUCACUGACCAGUUUGAGACUAAUCAAAGAUUGUCCUGAAGACUACCAUUGUAAGAGCGGGGCUCUGCUUGUGGGUAAUCCUAGUGUGUAGGAAAUAACAGACCUCCUUGGGAAACCUUGGUUUCAACCUCUGUCUCACGCGGAAAAGGAAGUUCAAAUGAUCGGAGAAAUUAUUAAUGCUACUCCACUCGUCGGAAAGGACGCGACUAAAGACGAGGUACUGAAACGAAUCGCUUCUGUCGCUUUGGUCCACGUUGCAGCUCAUGGAAGUGCGGAGACAGGUGAGAUUUGUUUGGCUCCAAACCCUUCAAGGAAGAACAAGAAGCCGGAGAAGGAAGAUUACAUGCUGAAAAUGUCAGACAUCCAGGCUCUGAAGAUCCGAGCAAGACUUGUUGUGCUCAGCUGCUGUCACAGUGGUCGCGGGAAAGUUUCUGCCGAAGGAGUGGUCGGUAUGGCAUGGGCUCUCUUGGGCUCUGGUGCUCGCUCUGUUCUGGCGUCACUCUGGGCAAUUGGUGACGAGGCCACAAAGGAGUUUAUGAAAGCUUUCUAUCAACAUCUCAGGGAUGGCGACACUGCUAGUGCAGCUCUCAAUAAAGCUAUGAAAUGCCUUAGAGAAUCUGAGAAGUUUAGCGCUCCAAAGAACUGGGCUCCAUUUGUGAUCAUUGGUGAUGACGUCACGCUGGAUUUCAGAGAACAGGAGGACGAACAUCACGAAUGA